CGAUCCCCUUUACGUCUUCGGGCUAUUGCUCAGCUGAACAAAACACGGGAAAAUUGCUCUUACGCUGAUGGCCACCGCAUUAGUGUACCGUCUUCGUUUCGAGAAAAAGUGUUGAAAAACUCAUUUGCGAGCAGUUUUCCGAAUGGAUUUUCAUAUCCAGCGGAGUGUAGUGUUGAGAAAUUAUGUUUAUACACGCGCGCAACGCGAAAAGUGAUGUAGUAAAGUGGAAAAUGUCGGUCGUGGACGUGCGAGUUGUCGCAGUUCUUGUGUUCGCUGCCGUCAUUUGUGAGGUGUAAUUUCAUGAACGGUGCAAGUGCGAACCCCGAGUUCUCGUGCUGAUUUCAGUGAGCACGAUUUAUUGACGUUUUCUGACACGAAUGAUUCGCUUUUGAGAGCGGUGAUAUUAGUUUUCUGUUGUGGCUUUCUACGUGGUGCGAGUUGACCUGGUGGAAAUAGGAACCCUGGCCGUCUACGAACGGAGCAACGCGAAAUGGCUGAAAGUGUUGGAGUCGUCGAGUGCCCGGCCACUCCGGAGCGCAUCGACCAGUGCCCCGAGACUCCGGACCGCCUCUUGAAUUUGAAGUCGCCCGACUCGUCCGCCAGCUCGGAUAACGAGUGCAAUAUAAACCUGCGGACGUUGAACACCAAUUCGCCUCCUCCGAAUUGUGCCAUUUGCCUGGGCCGCUGCAAAAACAAAUGCUUCACGGACUCGUGCCUGCAUCAGUUCUGCUUCAAGUGCUUGCUGGAGUGGAGCAAGGUGAAAGCCGAGUGUCCGCUGUGCAAGCAGCCCUUCAACUCGAUCAUCCACAAUGUGAAGUCCAUCGACCAAUUCGAGGAAUACCUGGUCGGCCAGCCGCAGCAGUCUUCGCCCAGCAUUCCACCAGUCCCGCUGCCGAUGCCGCCGCUGACGCACCAUCCGCAGCGCGAUUCCGCCCAUAUAAUGGCCAGCCGCUCUGCUUCGGCCGUGGCGGCGGCGGUGCAUUCCUUGUAUCCGCAUCGGUUCGACGUGUACUUGGGGGAGUAUCCGAUCUCGAGGUUCCGGUCCGAAAUAAGGAAUGGGUUCAGUACCACCGUUCAGGUGCACCCGACAGACAAUGAGACGCUCCAGCAGAUAUUCCUGCACAGAUCGCUGCUGGUGGAGAGGCUAAGACAAGAGUAUCCGGACGGGAUCAUCCCUUCGAGUACGUUGGGACAGUUGUGGCGACGUUAUAUCUACGAUAGGCGGUUGUACGCGAUGCCAGUGGUGGAUAUCACGGGCAGGUAUCGCGAGUGCUCUGCCAGAUUUUUACGUGAGAAUCCAGCUCAAAUGCAUCGUAUAAUGGCCUGGAUCAAUCGAGAUGUUGUUUGCCUCCUUCGUGAUUCCGAUCAUCACGUUUCAUACGUUAUGAACACCAUAAACGAAAUAUUGUCUGUCUUCAACAUAACUUCUCCUGAAUUCCGGCGCCGAUUGCAACCAUACUUCCGCCAACGAACGGCCCAUUUCAUCCACGAGUUGCUGAAUUUCGCACGAAGUCCUUACGACAUGAUAGGCUACGAUCGGGAGGUGCGUUACUCUCCCUACUACGAAGAGGUGAUCAUCUCAUCGUCGUCGAGUUCGUCAGGUUUCUCCGACUCAGAGGAUGUGAUCCAUGUGCGCGGCGGGAACAGCGGCGGAUCCAGACGUAGGGGUAGAACAGAGUUUACAGUUGAAACACGAUCAAACAAUAUGACGUUUAUUCUAGCAGGUAACAUCGAUGCAAGUGCAAGUAGUGGUGGUACGCUCGCGUCAUCAUCCUAUCCGUCGGGAAUUAUCGAAGUUAGCACGGCGCCAGUCGAUAGUAUCCGUCAGCCGCAGGUUCUAGGAGAGAGUCAAGUCAUUCAAAUCGACCGGAACAUAGUCUUAAGUUCAUCGAGCAGCGACGAAUGUGAGUUUGUUAGUGAACGAAAACCGCCCCAUUUGCGGACGCCUGAGUUGGUUUCUCUAAACUCGGAAUCAGAUAGUGACGUGGUUUUCGUGAGCGAACAACAUAAAACUCCCCCUCUGGAAAGUGUAGUCACACGGCCCAGUCGAAAGCGGAGGCCGCCGAAAGGUGUUUUCAUAAGUUCGCUUUCCGCCUCAUCGUCGUCAUCUUCCUCUUCGUCGUCUUCUUCGGAGAGUAAUCACGAAACACGAAGCAAAAAGGAAGCUAAAUCGAAAAAGAGCAAAAACGCAGAACCCAAAAGAGAAAAGGAUCGUUCCCCAGAUCGUGUAAAAGCCGAAAAUUCAAAAUCAACAGUGACUGAGUCGAGCAGUGGUUUCGGAAAUAGCAAUGACAAUGAUGAGUACAACAAUGGCGCUUCGACGUCGUCUGGUCUGCACAGUGGUGAAAACAACGCAAGUAAAUCCGUUAGUAAUAAACAAAGUAGCAAAAGUAGCAAUGCCCAUGGCAUUGUUAAAAAAUAUUACGCUCGCCCGGUUCGACAAGCAACGAGCAAACGGGCCCGGAACGUGAAAAGCAUUUACGAGGAGAGUUCAACCGAUACCGAUGAGAGUUCAACUGAGGAUUAUGUCCCAAACGAUAGAACUUUCAAACGUGAGAAAUUCUCCGAUUCUGAUUCAGACUCUUCCACGAAAGCCCUGAGUAAACUUCGUUCGCAGUCGAAACGUCGCAAACGAAAGCAUGAUCGACAACGACCACGAUCCAGUCGCAAUCUGUCGUCAACCACUUCUAGCAGUAGGAAAAGAAAAUCGAAAAAAUCCUCAACUCGGAAGAAAUCCUCAACAUCAAAGACGAAACGUAGAAAAUUAUCAGCAUCGUCUUCAAAAGGUCAUCGUCACCGACAGAAGAGCCGCAAGUCAUCGUCCAAAAGAUCGUUGUCGUCCGCCUCGUCAGCGACUUCAUCGUCGUCGACGUCUUCGUCAUCGUCGUCGGAGUCGGUGCAUAAUCAAGGCUGGUCUAGUUCCUUGUCCGAGUGAUUGAUUGGUUGAUUGUUCAUCCGAAGUCGUUGAGAAUGUUCGCGGGAGAAAGACGAUGGGGAAAGAGAAAGCAUGAUGAUAAUUCUUACAUUUAGUUUAGGUUUUUUUCUUUCCGUUUAGGCGUUAAGUGGAGUUCAAUAAGUUCAAUUUAUAAUAAUGUGUUUCUAGUUUGUAACGGUAAGAUUUUUUGGAAUGUAUGCAUCGGUAAAUGCUGACUUACACGCACCGCUAGCAUGCAUUAAUGAGGAGCAUCCAAGUUAAGCGUAUUUGUAUUUAUAGUACUUUAAACUCAUUGAUAAAUGCAUACCAUGUAAAAAAAUAAGUUCUCUUCUCAAAAAAGAAAAAAAUCUCCAAAUAAUAAAUUCGAAAACUGAUGA